AUGGUGGCUUGUGCUGCUUUGUCCGCUCAACCCUUCUUCUCGCUCGCGGUUCCGAUGACCACGGGCUCCUUGACGGCUGGUUACAUUGACCAGCUCAGGCAGCAGCUCCAAACUGCUUUAGAGAAUGAUGAUGAAGCGAAAAUCGGUGCUCUGGUGGGCGAGAUCGAGAAGCUGGAGUUGACCAAGGAACUUUUGGAGAGUACCCGGUUCGGCGGUGACAUCAAUGUCCUGCGACGACAGAUCGCCGAUAAAUGGCCUACCAUCGCCAAGCAAUGCCGGAAUAUCAUCAAGAAUUGGAAAGUGCUGGUCGAGCCUACGAAUACGUCUAGUGGAACGUCGUCGGCAAAUGGGACACCUCAUAUUUUAUCAAAAAGGCUCACGCCGGCCACACCGGCGCAAAGGCGGCUAGCAUCUACCGGAUUCACAGAUACCAGACAAACGCUGUCGCCCUCCGGCGGCUACGCACCAAAGUCUGCCAUCUCUCCGGCGCCUCUUUUACACAAGUCGCAGACGAUUGCCGUUGAAUUGGCUGCCAAGGCUGAGGAUGGAACGAUACGGAAUGGAAAGCGCCGUGCCGAUGAUGACAUCAAUGCUGCACCGACCUUGAAGCGGAACAAGACAGUGGCAAAUCAGUUGGCGUCUGUAGGCACCCCGACGCAAUCUGUGCUGGCUGCCAGACGCCAAGCCUCUCAAUCGACGGCUGAUUUGAUUGCGCAAUUGUCGUCGAAUCUACCGGAAAACCUCAACGUCGGGGCGAACGUGCGGCAAUACGAGCAGAAGGUCAAGCGCGAACAGGCAGAUGAGCAGUAUGCCCAAAGUCUUCAAACGGCCACCCCAUCGCCUUACCUCAAAGGCAAAAGGAAAUAUGAACGGAAGCAGGGCAAGAAGGAUAGCCCACCGGCACCUUCUCCGUUGGUCAAGACGAGCCUCGAAACGCCAAAGAGCGGCGGCAUCGUUUUGCGUCUGAAUAUGCUGCCAAAAGCUGAACCACUCGAAGAAAAGCCAUCCACGUCGGUGCCUGUACCAUCUACCUCACAAACAUCAAUUCCGCCGACGCUUCCGAGCAAAGCAUCCGUGGGCCGACCAAAGGUGGACUGGAUGGCGAUGCUGCCUUCGCUUGCGGAGCUACAGAUUCGUGCCGACAAGAUGCGCCCUACCAAACCCAUUCAAGACGGCAAGAAUAUUCAUCUGAUCAAGAAUCGAGAUCGUACGAUCAAAGCUCUGCCUCUGCUUGCCGACGUGGCAGCGAAACCGGAUUUUCUCUUUUACAAGUAUCCGACCCAGUCGCGGUACUAUGCCGAGGAGAAUUUCCUCUACGGCGCCGAACGGCCCGAAGAU